AUGGCUAAGAAUCACCAGUUCACUAUAGGAUGGAUCUGCCCGCUCCCGUUAGAGAAAGAGGCCGCGAGGCUAGUGCUGGACGAAGAGUACCCCCAAGACGAGGUCCAGCACCAGAACACAUACUAUCUAGGCGGCCGGAUUGGAAAACACAAGGUCGUUAUUGGCGUGCAGCGAAGGAUAGGACUAACGGGUGCCGCAAUCCUUGCGGAGAAAAUGCGCACUGGGUUCCCCAACAUCAAGUACUUUCUCCUUGUCGGCAUCGCUGGCGGCGUGCCUCGCUAUGGGCAACCUGGUGCAUUCUCAGAGAUCGUGCUUGGCGACGUGGUGGUCAGCUCUCCUCGAAGCAACCAUGGCGGGGUAUUGCAGUACGACAAGGGCGCGUGGGAGGGUCAAGGGCGACUGAACUUUCGCGGACACACCAAUGGCGUUCCAGGUGACCUAAUGGCCGCGGUCAACAACUUCCGCGCAGAAGGCUGGUCUAAGACGAACAUCGCCCAGGUUCUGAAGCAAAUGCGCCUUAAACUUAAUGAGGAACAAAAGCGCCAGUACGCCGACCCAGGUCCUAGUCAAGAUAGGCUCUU